AUGUCUCAACUUGGCUCAACAGGAACAAGACUCAGUGAGUAUCACAUUUACAAUAAGGCCAUUGACUGUAACUCACUACACAUUCAACACCGGAGAAUUCAUAGAAGGGAGAAACGCUACAAGUGUGAAGACUGUGGUAAGGCCCUUAGUUCUUAUAAAACACUUUCUAUACACCAGAGACUUCACACUGGAGAAAAACCCUUCACCUGUAAAGAAUGUCACAAGGCCUUCUGUACUCGCUCAUCACUUUUUAUACACCAGAAAGAUCACACUGAUGAAAAAACCUACAAGUGUGAAGACUGUGGCAGAUCAUUUUACUAUCUUUCAAUGCUGAAGCAACAUCAGAGAAUUCAUUCUGGGGAGAAACCCUACAAGUGUAAAGAAUGUGGCAGGGCUUUUUAUGACCCUUCCUUACUGAAAAAGCAUCAAAGCACUCCUUGUGGAGGGAAACCAUACCAGUGUGAAGAGUGUCAGCAGACGUUUCUUUAUCACUCAUCCCUUAAGAACCACAAGGCAGUUCACACUGGAGAGAAACUCCGCAGGCGGAAAGUGCGAGGGAAAGGAUUUACUAGGCCUGCCUUCCUCUUUGAGGACAAGGCAGCUCAUACUGCAGAGAAAACGUACACAUGUGCAGAGUGUGGCAAGUAUUUUUACUCUGGUUCAUCCCUUAAAAAACAUCAAAUCAUCCAUUCUGAAGACAGUCGUCCCUACUCGUGUGCAGAGUGUGGCAAAAGGUUCUCCUACUUUGCACACUUUCAUCAACACCAGAGAGUCCACACUGGAGAGAAGCCAUACAAGUGUGAGGAGUGUGGCAAAUAUUUUACCAAACGUUUAUCCCUUAGGCGACAUCAACCAAUUCACUGUGAAGACAAUCCAUACAAGUGUGAAGUGUGUGGCAAAAGGUUUUCCUACUUUUCACUCCUUCAUCAACAUCAGAGAAUCCACACUGGAGAGAAGCCAUAUAAGUGUGAGGAGUGUGGCAAAUGUUUUUCCACAUGUUCAACCCUUAGGCGACAUCAAACAAUCCAUUCUGAAGACAAUCCCUACAAGUGUGCAGAGUGUGGCAAACGGUAUUACUGUUCUAGGGAUUUUCAGGAACAUCAAUCAAUUCAUACUGGAAAGAAACCCUACAAGUGUGAGGAAUGUCACAAAGCCUUUCGUUAUCACACCUCCUUUAGGAAACACAAGAGACUUCAUACUGGAGAGAACCUCUAGAAGUGUAAAGACUGUGACAGAAGGUUUUCCUCAUCUUCCACACUUAGACGACAUAAAACAAAAACAAAAAUUCAUUCUGAAGACAAUUCGUAAAAGUGUGGGGAAUGUAGCAAAGACUUUGCGAAUCUUUAUAGCCUUACUCAACACAUGAUAUAGUUCAUACAGAAGAGAAAUCCUACAAAUGCCUUAAAAGUUUACUUCAUCAACCCUUAAAACACAUCAAAUGAUUCACAAUUACUCCAUGAUUGUGUAAAGUGUAGUAAAAAUCUUUGCUAACAAUUCAGAUCUUACCCAACUCCAAUGAAUCCAUGGUGGAGAAUAUUAAGUUAAUCAUUUUGGAUGUCAAUAUGAACAUCUAACAUAGAACAACUCAAAUGCUAAGAAUGUCAUCAGAGAACAGCAGAGACUUCUCUUUGCUCACAACAGUUUGUUCAAGCAAUGUGUUUGAAACUUGCCUUAAUGAAUGAAUCUCUAUCUUCUGUAACCAUAAAUGCUCCAUGAAACCUUUCCCAUGUCCUAGCUUUGUCCUUUGGUCACCCAGAAUCUGAGAUCUGGGCUGUGGCAUAGUUACUGUUGUUUUUCCCAGUGGAGUCAUCUGAGCUCCUGUAACAUCCCCUUGGUGUGUAAAAAGCUCCGCCUCUCUGAGCUAGCAGGUGUCCACCCAGCGUCUGGCUCUGGAAUCCUUACUGGUAAAUAAAGGACAGAGACAGAGCUGUAAAGGAAAAAGGCCAAGUAACAUACAAAGGCCUAUCAGGAUUACACCCAGCUUCUCAAUGGAAACCCUGAAAGUCAGAAGGUCCUCGAUAGAUAUUCUGCAGACAUUAAGAGACCAUGGAUGCCAGUCCAGACUACAAUGCACAGCAAAGCUUUUAAUCACCAUAGAUGGAGAAAACAAGAUAUUCCAUGAUAAAAUCAGCUUUAAACAAUACUUAUCUACAAAUCUAGUCCCACAGAAAGUACUAGAAGGAAUACACCAAUCAAAGGAGGUUAGCUGUACCCACAAAAAACACAGGCAACAGAUAACCUAACACCAACAAACCCCAAAGAAUGGAAACACACACACACACACACACACAUCACCACCAACAAAACCAAAAAUAGGAGGAAUUAACAAUCACUGAUCAUUAAUAUCUCUUAAUAUCUAAUGGACUCAAUUCACUUAGACAAAGGUUAAUAGAAUGGAUAUGAAAAUGGGACCCAUUCUGCUGCAUACAAUAAACACAACUCAACUUCCAAGACAGACAUUACUUCACAGUAAUGGAUUAGGAAAAGACUUUCCAAUCAAAUGGGCCUGAAAAACAAGAUGGUGUAGCUAUCCUAAUAGCUAACAAAAUGGGCUUCAAACUGAAAUUAUUCGAAAGAGAUGGAGGACAUUCAUAUUCAUCACAGGAAAAAUCCAUCAAGAUGAAGUCUCAGUUCGGAACAUCUAUACCCCAAAUACAAGGGCACCCACAGUUAUAAAAUAAAUGUUACUAAAGUGUGUUCCUAUUCUAAUCCCUCAUCCAUACUUCUGUCUGCAAUCUCAGUAAUAAACUCAUUGA